GUGUUUGAGGUUAAUAUUUAUAAGUUUGAAUCAAAAUUGGAGAUGGAUUAUUUUGGAAUCAAUAAAAUGUCUACCAUUCAAAAACCGGACACUCUCCAAGAAGUAGUGGCAAGUGAUGAAUCAUCAACACAAUCAGAGGAAAAAGAAAGUAAUAAUGGAUUUACUGUAGAAGAGUCACUCCAGAAAAACAUGCCAGUGGAAACUGACACUAACCUUCCUGAAGAUUCUUGCCAGGUAAAAAACGAAAAUGAUGAGUGCCAGAAAACCCUACCAGAAAAUUGUGUUAAGGAGCAAGAAAUUCCUGCUGCUGAAAAAUGCAUUAGAAACUCUCAAACAGAUGAAAGCGGUGGUAUGAUAUGUGAAGUGAUUUCUGGACCUGUAGUAUCACAAAUGAAUACAAACAUCUCUGAAGACAGGGAGAAACAAGAUGGUUUACAAAACGAUUUAGCAAGUAUAGUUGAAAAACUGACUUUGUCCCAGAAGGAUCACAGACAACAUAAAUCUGAAGUUAUUGUGAAAAAUAAUUCUCAAUCCUUGAAAUGUUUAUUGGUUUAUGGUGAUGGAGACGAAUCUGAUAAUGAUGAAAAUAAUACCAAUCAUGAAAUAGAGCACAAGGAAACUCCAGAGCAAAAGGAAACUUCCAGUAGUUCCUCAGAUUCUGAAAGUGACUCUGAUUCCGAUAAGGAUUCAAGUUCUGUGUGUUCAGAAAUUGACAGUGACAGUAGUUCUGAAUCAGAAUCAGUGUCUAACAAAAAUGACAGCUCCAAUAAGGCAUGUAAGACAGGAACACCGUAUUUUGAAGAUCCACCGUCCCUUAUAGACCUCUCUGAAUUGGAAGUGGAUUAUCAAAAAGAAACAUUCACACAUGUAGGUGAAAUCUGUGCAAUAAUUGAAAUAGAAAAGAUAGUUACAGUCACUACUAUUAGUGGAACACCAGUUCAUAAUAUUGGCACCAUUCUCUUCAUCGAUAGUGGUGAUUCAAAGAAGCCGUUUGGUGAAAUAUGUGAUGUUAUAGGUCAAGUAAGUUCGCCGACAUACUGUGUUGGAUUCAAAAAUAUUGAUGAGAUGAAGGAACUCGGAAUCGAGAAAAAAAUGAAAGUCUAUUCUGCACCCACAAAUAGUAAACUUUCAUUAUAUGUUUUCCUCAAAGAUUUAUUGGCAGAAAAACACACUGAUGCAUUGAGCGGUGAAGAGUCUUCCUCAGAUGAAGAAGUUUGUGACAAAUUACCACAAAAAAGGAAAUCCUGUGGUACAAUCUUAGAAAACGGCAAUCAUUCAUAUUCCAAGAGCAGUAGAGGUAGAGGCAGAGGAAGAAGGAAUACGAAAUAUUCGAAUAUGGCACCUGUUCGACAAUACCAAACCCCAGUUCCUUUUUAUGAUCCAUCAGUUCCUCCUCCACUGUACCAGAAUAAUUCAAGCUGGAACAAUAAUCCCAGAACAAAUGCGGCACCACCUCAAUUUUGGAGUACCCCUCCAUACCUGAGGACUCCUCCGCCAUACCAAAGGGGACCCCCACCAAGGCCAGACAGCAAUACAAUAUACAAUGCGCAAUGUAUGCCGCCACCUGCCACACAUACUAGUUUUCAACCAUUGGGAUUUUCACCACGUUUUCCUCCUCCUAGCUAUAGGCAGAACUUUCCUAGCAGUGACAUACAAAAAUCUCUACAAUAACUCAAAUUGAGAUUGAUACAUUGAAAAGAUUGUUGAAUGAUGAAUACCUUCUAAUUCAUCAACAUUUUUUCACUACGAUUUUUAAAGAUUGAAACCUCAAGAAAUUAAAAAAUGUAUAUUCGAAAACGAUUACUAAUUUUCUAUUUACGUACAGUGUGUUAUGUAACGAGUGUCCGGUAUUUUACUGGAC